CAGUGCAGUAUGGGUGAUGGUGUGCUCUGUGGGUGCCUGAACAGACCUUAAUCAUGAUUUUGAAUGGUCUGUUGCUGAAGGCUCCUGGGUCGCAGUGUGGGUGACUGGGUCCAAAAGGGAGCCUGCUGGGAGAGUACUAUUGGGCUCGGGCUAUGGGGUGCCCUUAUACAAUCCUGCACAGGGGCCUCUGCUGACUGUGGCUGUCUCUGCUGCUAAGGCAUACACAUGGCUGGCAGUAGGUUGAAGUCUAACCUGAGAAAUGCUUUUGAUUAGCGACCAUGAAGCAGAAGUGCCUGAACAUGCCAGAAGCAGCAGCAGCACCAGGGGAGGGAGAGAGAAGGUCACUGAUUACACGGGCUGCAAGCUCCUAGUCCCUGCCCCCUAUAACCACCAUGGCAACCUGACUGCGGGAGACAGUAAGAGGGCAACAAAACACCUUGUAAUAUGAGGGGGGAUUAUAGGGAUAUGUGCCGGGGAUAGGGAAACGCCUUGUUACUCCCUGGCAGUAGCAGUAGCAGCAGGAGGAGGGGAGAACAGAGGCAGUGACAGAGCUGGGAGGGCUUAGGAGACAGUACAUCCACGGCCAGCCGCUGUGCAGUGAGAAGAGCAGGAGAUUUACCGGGAAAGGCUUGUGAGGUGCAGCUUGGGGAAGAAGAAGCCUGUCCUUAUUGGGAUAGGGCAUAGGGGAGGAUUCUAUGCUGUGCAAUUUUACUUGGCGUCCGUGCUGGAGAGCAGACAGGUGUGGGGCUAUUUCUAUUGCUGUCUGAGUAUGAAGAGCCGACCUGGAUUGUGAUGGAGACUGUGUAUGAGAAGCACCUGGGUCUCUGUGUCAGUGCUGUACACACAUAGUGCAGGCCAUCCUUGCCUACGGACUGCCCAUUCCUGCUGGCACUGUGUGCAACUGGUGGCAUAUAUUCCGACUGGGUAGUACAAGACCCUCACUGGUGGUGCCCAUCUACCCCCCCGCAGGAGAGUAACUUGAUAACUUGUGCUACUCCGGCAUGCAGGAUGGAAUAGCUUCCAUGGCACAGAAACAGAUGGUUCUACCCAUUAGCCCGCUACUGUAUAGACUGGCACCUGGGCUAGGGUGCUAGACAUUGGCACACAAAGUGGUACCAUCCAACUGCCUUUCAUUGCAAAGACAUAUUAGAAGUUCUUCAACUUAGAUUCAAUUUAUAUUGAUUCAGAGCUGACUGGCAGAGGAGGAUUGAUUGUUGGCAUAGGGCAGGGCAUCCCUACAGGGAGCCCCGUUAUUAGCCCCCCUGGCUCCUGGCACAGGGAUGGGCUGCGCUCCCAGCAUCCACGUAUCUCAGAGCGGAGUGAUUUACUGCCGGGACUCGGACGAGUCCAACUCCCCGCAUCAGACAACCACCAUCUCCCAGGGCACCGCCGCCACCCUGCACGGACUCUUCAUAAAGACCGACGCGGCAGAUUCCAUCCCUUCGGUACUUACCUACCAGGGCCGCUACCCUCCUGCUGCACGGAGUGGCUCCCGCAAGGGGCGCAGAGAGCAGGGACAGCACAGUUGCAUAGAGGCCGAGACUCAGACGAGCCACACCAGUGUCAAGCAGGUAUCAUCAACAGAACUGUGGCUUGGACCUAUGAGACUGACCCAGGAUCCUAUUCAGGUGUUGCUAGUAUUUGCAAAAGAAGAUAGCCAGAGCGAUGGGUUCUGGUGGGCCUGUGAUCGAGCGGGAUACAAAUGUAAUAUUGCUCGGACGCCGGAGACUGCCCUUGAGUGCUUCUUGGAUAAGCACCAUGAAAUCAUUGUCAUAGAUCACAGGCAUUCAAGAUACCUUGAUGCAGAAGCCGUGUGCAGGUCCAUACGAGCAACAAAGCCCUCAGAGCACACAACGAUUCUUGCCAUCGUACCACGUGUAGCUUCUGAUCAAGAGGAGAUGUCUGUCCUUCCCCUGCUGAAUGUGGGAUUUAAUAGGAGAUUUGUGGAGAACGGCAGUAUGAUCGCAUGUUACAAUGAGCUGAUCCAAAUAGAACAUGGCGAGGUGCGAUCUCAGUUCAAACUGCGGUCCUGUAACUCAAUAUUUACAGCCUUAGACAACUGCCAAGAAGCUAUUGAAAUAACUAGUGAAGAUCAUGUCAUACAGUAUGUUAACCCAGCCUUUGAACGGAUGAUGGGAUAUCAUAAGGAAGAACUUAUUGGAAAGGAACUUACUGAACUGACAAAGAGUGACAAAAACCGUGCAGAUCUCUUGGACACCAUUAACACGUGCAUCAAAAAGGGAAAGGAAUGGCAGGGAAUCUAUUUUGCAAGAAGGAAAUCGGGAGACAGCAUUCAACAGAAUGUAAAAGUAACCCCAGUUAUUGGACAAGGGGGUAAAAUUAGACAUUUUGUGUCUAUGAAGAAGCUGUGCAAUAGCAACGACAACAAUAAACAGAUCUACAAGAUAAAUCGAGAAGACAAUCCACUUGCAGAGUCUCACUCAUUUAGGCUGAAAAACAGAAGGAAAGAAUCAGUUGAUGUAAGAUCUAUCACCUCUCGCAGUAGUGAUGCACCAAGUUUGCAGAAUCACAGAUACUCUUCGAUGGCUCGAAUUCACACCAUGACUAUCGAGGCUCCAAUUACAAAGGUCAUAAACAUCAUCAAUGCAGCCCAAGAGAACAGUCCUGUGACUGUAGCCGAAGCGCUAGACAGAGUUUUGGAAAUUCUUAGAACAACUGAACUCUAUUCGCCUCAGCUGGGAACCAAAGAAGAAGACCCUCACACCAAUGAUCUUGUAGGCGGUUUGAUGACUGAUGGCUUAAGAAGGCUUUCAGGAAAUGAGUACGUUUUCUCAAAAAACAUGCACCACAGCCAUAGUCACCUUUCAGUGCCAAUAACCAUCAAUGACGUCCCAGUCCCACCUCGUAUCGCAGAAUUACUAGAAGAUGAAGGAUCCUGGGACUUUAACAUAUUUGAAUUAGAAGCGGUUACAAGUAAAAGGCCGUUGGUAUACCUUGGCUUGAAGUUAUUUGCUUGUUUUGGAGUCUGCGAGUAUUUGAAUUGCACAGAGGCCACGCUUCGCUCCUGGUUACAGUUAAUUGAAGCCAACUAUCAUGCAUCUAAUUCCUACCACAACUCUACCCAUGCUGCUGAUGUCCUACAUGCCACCGCUUUCUUCCUGCAGCAGGAGAAUGUUAAGGGAAGCCUUGACCAGUUAGACAAGGUGGCGGCGCUAAUUGCUGCCACGGUACAUGACGUGGAUCACCCUGGCCGGACUAAUUCCUUCCUCUGUAAUGCCAGCAGUGAGUUAGCCGUAUUGUACAAUGAUACAGCAGUGUUGGAGAGCCAUCACGCGGCACUCGCAUUUCAGCUCACAGCAAAGGACAACAAGUGCAACAUCUUCAAGAACAUGGACCGGACACAGUAUCGGACUCUCCGGCAGGCAAUCAUUGACAUGGUUUUAGCAACAGAAAUGACCAGGCAUUUUGAGCACGUCAACAAGUUUGUCAACAGCAUCAACAAACCCAUUGCAGCCGAAGACAGCAAUUCCAAUAGUGAGGGCAGUGAUUUUGAGUGUUCCACCAACAUAAGGAAUUCUCCAGAAAACCGGAUUCUCAUCAAACGCAUGAUGAUCAAAUGUGCUGAUGUAGCCAAUCCAUGCCGCCCCUUGAACUUGUGUAUAGAGUGGGCCGGAAGGAUCUCUGAGGAGUAUUUUGCACAGACAGAUGAAGAGAAGAGACAGGGAUUGCCAGUUGUGAUGCCAGUGUUUGACCGAAACAGCUGCAGUAUACCCAAGUCUCAGAUAUCAUUCAUUGACUAUUUUAUUACAGACAUGUUUGAUGCGUGGGAUGCCUUCGCCCAUUUGCCCAACCUCAUCCUACAUCUGACGGAGAAUUACAAGUACUGGAAAUCUUUGGACGAGUUAAAGUGUAAGAGUCUCAGGUGUUCGUCCGACUGAAGCAAGAAAGAGCUGAAACCCAACAGUGACCUCCUCGACCCGCACUGUGAAUUAUUCCCUUAUGAAAGUAAUACAGAUAAAGGGGAAGCACACUGGCUCAACCCUCGCUUUAUUUAGUGCAUAUGUACCAACAAUGGAUUUCAAUGGGGAAUGACGUAUAUUGUGACAAUACGAGGGGACCUUAUACCAACGUAACUUAUGGAAGGCCAGUUUCUUUUGAAAAUUAACAUCUUUUCAUACUUAGUAUUCAGUAGUCAAAGACACAAGACUUAUUGAAUGCAGUGUAAAUGCACUUAUCACAUGGGGUUUAUGUAUCAUUCAUGGAAAUGUGAGGGCCGGUGACCUUUGGUCAAUAUUGCCCAGCCAGAUGGAGUGCCAAGCUUUGCCUGAUCAUAGAGAGUAGACCACUCUGUUUUCUUGUAACUUAUUGCACUUUAGAUUUUCUAAAUCUGCAUAAUACAUGGGUCUGCUCCUGUGCAUGCAGCGCCCACUGUACACAGAUUUCUAUUUUAUUUCAAGCUAUUGUACAGACAUAGACGACGACGUGUUAAGGGAUUCUAUGUACAUAAUCCGGAAAACUGUGGCGAGAAACGGAGCGAGAAUCCUUCUUAUUGGAAGCUGUUUGCGCUGCUAAUAUUUAUAGCUUUGUCUAUGGUUAGAUUGUUUUCUGCUGCUAAACCAAUCACAAACACACUCAUAAUCCAAGAAGCCAAGUGUAGCUACACUUUACCCCUAACAAGAGGAUACAAUGGAAAGGACACCCAAUAGGAGAAGCCAUGGAUACUCCCAUAUACUCAUUGCACGUAUAGUGUUAAGGGCUAAACAUUUUACUAGCUAAAGUGCUUUUCUAAAUGAUUUUAAAAUCCCAUAGACAUGAAUGGAGAGUGGAGGAAUUUCACUCUAGAGGACAUUGUCAAUCUUUAACUUCACUUUUUGAUAAAUAUACCCCUUUGUGUUUCCUAUAACUUCCAGUUAUGAGCAGCAACUCUGCAGUGUCGAGAUGUGGGAAACACCAGAGCGGUUGGUGGCCAUACAUGGGUCACAGCUUAUUGGGUGAUGUAGAGACCCUUGUGGUGGCGUGGCCAGAUAUCUAACAAGGACAUUGCAAAAUCACUUUGGGUGAGGAUCUCCUGCAGUCUAUUUCCAACAGUCUCCCUUGGCUCUUAGAGGGAUGGUUCACCUUUAAGUUAACUUUUAGUAUGACAUACAAUUCUAAGCAACUUUUCAGUUGGUCUUCAUUAUU